AUGAGUAACAAUAAGAAUCAUCAUGGCAAAGGUAAUAGAAAUAGUAUUAAUUCACAAACAUCAACUGAAAAAUUACCUCAAUUAAAUAAUGGUAGUAAUAAUAACUUAACAUCAAUAUUAAAUACAUCUGGCUCACCAUUUGUAAAAUCAUCAUCAACAAGUACCAUUUCCCCAUUUUUAAUGUCUAAACAUUCACCACCAACAUCACCAAUGGGAAUUCACAGAUUUAAUAAUAGCAAUAAUAAUAAUAAUAAUAAUAAUGUUAAUAAUAUUAUUUAUAAUAAUAAUAAUAAUAAUAGUAAUAGUAAUAGUAAUAAUAAUAGUAAUAAUAAUAAUAAUAAUUUUAUCCAAAAUAAUAGUGGAUAUUUUACACCAACUAAUAAUAAUAGUAGUAGUAAUUUAAAAAAUACAUUGGAUGAUACAAGUAUUAAGGAAAAAAUCCAACAAUUGGGUUGGAUGGGUAGUCCUCAAACUGCAUCAAAUGGUAGAUUAAGAUCAAAUUCAAUGGCAAUUGGUUCUCCAGGAUCCAUAACAUUCUUUCAAUUUCAAUUGGAAGAAACUAAUAAAAAAUUGGAAGAAAAAGAAAAAGAUGCUCAACUAGCCGCUGAAAUUGGUAAAAUUCUUUUAGAAAGAAAUCAAGAACUGGAAGAUCAAUUAAAUACAUUAUUAGAAAGUGAAAAAAAAUAUACUGACCAUUUCUCUGAUUAUGAUUUUUUAAAAAAUCAAAAUGAAAUUUUAAUUGAAAAUUUAAAAGAGGCAACAAAUGAAAAUGAAAUGUUAAUUGAAAGAUUAAAAGAGGAAGAAGAGAUUCAAAUUCAAAAUAAUGAAAAGAAUAAAAAAUUAUUUAUGUCACAACAAAAUAGAUCAUCACCAAAUAAACUUGAAAUUGAAAAGAUGGUAAUGGAAUUGGAAGAAUAUAAAUUAAUUACAAAGUCAAAAGAUAAAAUCAUAACAAAGAUUAAAGGUGAAAAAGGUGAUUUAGAACAAAAGAUUGAUGAAUUAAGUAGUGGUGAGGCUUUAAUCUUUAAAGAAUUAAAUGAUGAAAUUAAUCAAUUAAAAGAAAAGAAUAAAUCAUUAUCAAAUAAAUAUAAAGAUUUAAAAUCAAUUUCAAAUUUAAAUAUUAGAAAAUCAUUAUUGGAUGAUUUUAAUAUUUUAAAAUUAACGUUUCAACAAAAUUUUGAAAAUAAUUCAAUAUUAUCAACAUUAUUUUCUACAAAUUCAAAUUCACCAACAACAUCAACAACAUCAACAUCAACAUCAACAAUAACAACAACUACAUCACCAACAAUAACAACAAAAAAUAAAAUAUUUAAUCAAGAAGAAGAUAUUAAAAUAUUAUUAAAUUCAAAAGAUUUAUUAAAUUCUUUAAAUCAAAAUGAAUCAAUUUUAAAUCAAUUAAUUUUUAAAUUACAAAUAAUAGAUAGAGUUGCACCACAACAACAACAACAAGAUGAUGAAAAUAAUAAUAUUCUAAAAGAAAAAGAAAUUGAAGAAAUAUCAAAUAAAAUUGGUAGUAUUCAAUUGGCAUCAUCAAGUAGUAAUGUUAUUAAAAAUAGUAAUGGUUCACCUUUACCAUCUUCUUCUUCUUCAUUGUUACAACAACAACAACAACAACAACAACAACAAAUAGUUUCUACAUCAUCUUCACCAACGUUAUCUAUAUCUUCGUCAUCAUCAUCAACAAUAGAAGGUGAUAAUUCAAAUGAUUAUUUAUUAAGAUGUUCAAUAUUAAUAUUAAUUUCAAUUUAUCUUUCAAAUACAUUAAAUAAAUUGAAUGAUUCAUUUUUAAAAGAAAGAGGUUCAAAAUGUGAACUAAUUGAAGAUAUUUCAGAAUUAAAUGAAAAAUAUCAAAAUAUUAAUAAAAUUAAUAUAAAAUUAGAAGAGAAAUUAGAAGAAUCAAAUAUAAAUUUACAAAAUAUUACAGAUGAAUUAAAUCAAAUUAAAAUUAAUAAUGUUGAAAUUGAAAAUAAUCAAAAUAAUCAAAAUAAUCAAAAUAAUGAUUUAAUAUUAAAAAAAUAUUAUAAAAUGAAAUAUGAUAAAAGUGUAAUUGGAUUUUCACUAGUGAUUCAAAAUUUAUUUGAAAGAAUUAAUUCAUUAGAGUUAUUAAAUCAAGAGAUAAUUGAAAGAAAUAAAUCAUUACACAAUCAAAUGGAAGAUAUAGUUUGUAUUAAAGAUAAUGAUAUUAGUUAUAUUAAACAACAAUGUGCAAUACUUGAAGAGAAAGCAAUGAUUGAAACUUCAAAUUCAAUUGAAUUAAAAGAAAACAAUUCUAAAUUAAUUCAAGAUCUAUUACAACAUCAAAAGAAUUCAUUCGAAAAAGAGAACCAAUUAAAGGAUAAAUACGAUCACGAAUUAUUAAAAUCAAAGCAACAAUUACAACACCAAGAGAAUCAAUUCAACUCGGAAUUAAUCACAAUUAAACAACAAUUUCAAAUUGAAAAACAAGAUUUACAAUCAUCAAUUGAAAAACAACAACAACAAUUUAAUAAUGAUUUAGAGUGUUGUAAAAUUGAUUCCUCGAAAUUGAAUGAUCAAUUAAAUCAAUCAUUACAAUUAAAAGAUAAUCAAAUCAUACAAUUGAAUGAACAAAUUAAUAAAUUUAAAACUAAAGAAUCAUGUUUAAAUGAAUUGAUUGAAUUUAGUGAUCAAGAAAUUAAAAGAUUAAAAAAUGAAAUCAAUUUAACUUUUGAAGCUUCAAAAUUGGAGCAAUUGGAUGCUCAAGAAAAGAAUGAUGAAUUAAUAGAUGAAUUAAAUCAAAAAUUGGAUACUCAAACUUUAGAUAUCCAAAAUAAUCUUAUUGAAAUUGAAAAUUCAAAGAAUCAAUUAGUAAAUCAAAUUAAUAUACUUCAAAAUGAAAAAACUUCAAUCGAAACAAUAUUUCAUGAAAAAUUAAUUCAAGAACAAUUAUUAUUAAAUGAAAAUCAACAAUUAAAAUUAAAAUUAAAUCAAUUUGAACAACAAUUAAAAGAAAUUAGAGAAUUAUAUGAUCAACAACAAUUAGAACAACAACAACAAUUUGAACAGCAAUUAGAGUUACAACAGCAACAACAAUUUGAACUACAACAACAGAAACAACUAGAGCAACAACAACAACAACAACAACAACAACAACAACAACAACAACAACAACAACAAAAACAACAACAACAACAACAACAACAACAACAAUCAGUGAUUGAGGAAAAAGUUAUUCAAACAUCACCACCACCACCACCACCAUCAACAUCUAUAAUAACUGAAAAUAAUAAUAAUAAUAAUAAUGAAAAAGUUAUUCAUAAAUGCGAAAUAUUAAAUGAUGAAAAUGGUUUAGCAAUAUUAAAAUAUGUUAAUAAAUUAUUGGGUAAAGAGAUAAAAAGUGGAUGUAGAGAAUGUACAUUAUCAUUAUUUUCAGAUGGUUUAUUAUUUUGUGAAUUAAUUAAUAAAUUCAUUCCAGAAUCAAUCGAUAGUAGAGGUUUAUUUAAAGUUUGUAAAAGUAAACAAGAUAGAAUAGAUAAUAUAAAUGUAUCAUUAAAUUCAAUAAAAGUAUUAGGUUUUGGUACAAUUUCUUCAACAACAACAACGACAAGUAAUAAUAAUAAUAAUAAUAAUAAUAAUAAUAAUAAUAAUAAUAAUAAUAAUAAUAAUAAUAAUAAUAAUAGUAUUAAUAAUAAUAAUAAUAAUAAUUCAACAUCAAUUUCAUUCUCAAGUGAAGGUAUAAUGAAUAAUUAUUCAGAAUUAAUUUCAUUUUUAUUAGAAAUUUUCUUUAUUGGUAAUAUUAAUAAAGUUAAUUUAUCAACUCAUCCUGAAUUAGUUUAUCUUUGGAAACAUAAUCCAGAACAUUCAAUUAGUCAUUCAAAGAGAGAAGAAAGUUGGGAUAGUUUCAUUGCAUUAGAAGAAUCAUGUCUAUUAAGAAGAUGGGUUAAUCAUUUGUUAAAGCAAGAUUCUUUAGAUUUAAUUAGUGGUUUUUCAAUUGAUUUUCAAAAACGUGCUAUUUUAAUUUUAAAAACUAUUAUCAAAAAAGUUUAUAAAAAGUUAAAUAAUGAAAAUAAUGAUAAUGAAAUUGAAUCAAUAUUAAAUAAUAUUAGUAAUAAUAAUAAUAAUAAUAAUAGUGAUAAUGAAGAAGAAAUAGAAAAAUUAUUUAAAUUUAUUGAUUCAAAAUUAUUACCAAAUGAAAUGAUUGUAUUUAAAAAUGAUUUUUUAGGUGGGGAUCAACAAAAAAUCAUUAUAUUAUUAUCACAAUUAUUACAUUUAAAUUCAACCAUUGUUUUAUCAUCAAAGGAUGAGAGUGAAAUUAGACAUAAUUCACCAGAUUUAGCACCUUCAAGUGAAGAGAAAGCAUGUAAAGGUUGGUUAAAAACAAUGGAUAUUAGUACUUCAUCAUUUUCUGAUGAUUUUGGUGAUGGUUUAUUAUUAUUGAAAGCAUUGGAUAAAGUUCAACCUGGUAUAGUCAAUUGGAAAUUGGUCAAUAUGAAUCCAACAAAUACUUUUAGUAUGACCGAGAAUUGUAAUUAUUGUGUAAAGUUGGGUAAAGAUUUGAAAUUUUCUUUGGUUGGUAUUGCAGGUCGUGAUUUCGUUGAUGGUAUUAAAAAGUUUUUAUUAUCUUUCGUUUGGCAAAUGAUGAGAUUAUCAGUUUUAAAGAGAGCAAAUCAUUUUAGAAGUGGUAGUGGAAAAAGUCAAAUUAAUACAAGUAGUGGUAGUGUUGGUAGUAAUGGAAGUGGUACUAGUAAUAGUAAUGGUGGUGUCAAUGGUAGUGGUGGUACUAAUAGUGGUAGUGGUGGAUUUAAUAAUGCAACAUUGGAAAGAGGAAAUAGUGCUCCAGAAUUAACUGAGUCUGAUCUAGUUUUGAAAAUAAAUAGAAUAGUUCAAAAAUCAUCUCUAUCAAAACAACAAACAACUAGUUCACAUAUGAAAUCUUUCUCUGACCCUUCAUUGAAAGAUGGUGUUUUCUUAUUAGACCUUUUAGAUUCCAUUCAACCUGGCUGUAUUGAUUAUCAAGAGGUACAAAAAACAGAUUCUUUUGAAAGUUAUAAAUCAAAUGCUCAAUAUGUUAUUACAAUUGCUCGUAGAUUAGGAUGUACUGCAAUCAUUUUUUGGGAAGAUAUUGUCGAAGUUAAACAAAAUAUGAUAAUGACUUUUGUUUGUUCUUUAUUGGAAUUAAUUGAUUAA